AUGUUUAACUGUGUGUUAUGUGAAAAAGUGUACGUACAUAAGCGCGAUUUGAACAGACACGCUAAAACCCACGAUGGAUCAGUGAUUUCGUGUGGAAUAUGCUUCAAGACGUUCGUCCAGCGGAACAACCUCAAUAUUCACGUUCAAAAAUGCCAUAAGAUCGCUAAAAACACUCCAGAAUUCCACAGUGCUGUACGAGUAGGUGGUGCAAUGGGUAAAUAA